UUGCUGUCACAGUUAACACCGUUGUCACUGAGCUAUAGUUUCUGUUCGAGCGGAGGCAGACGGCUGACUAAUUCUGCUGCUGAGGACUACACUAAUCAUGCUUGGCCUCACAGUUCUUGCUUUCAUGCUCCUACUGGUGGGCUUGGCCAUGAAGAGUGCAGACGCAGAAGUGCCGGGUUCUUCGUCAACAAGGCUGGAAAACCCGGCUGAUAUCUUCAGGAACUUCAGCCUGAAUCCUGCGCCGGUGUCGAUGAGUAAUUCGUCAGGACGAACGAAAACUUCUGAGGUGUUUGAGAAACGCGGUACACCACCAGAGAACACAUCGGACAAGCAAAACUUUAACUGUAAUAACAGUGCAAAUCAGGAGUUGAGGAGUACCUCUUCAGUAACUGGAAACAAAACCCAGAUUCAGAAUUGUGACGACACUUCUACAGAAACACCAGGUAAAUACUUUUCGGUUACCGAAAACAAACCUCAGAUUACAAGUACUAACGCCACAACAAAAGACGUGUUACAGAAGCAUGGAUUUGUUGGAGAAGAUGGCAAGCCUGAUGGAUUUCAAACCAGCAUUACUGCCCCCUCUCCUGAGGUAGUCAGCAUGGGUACUGAGAGAGGAACAUCCGCGGGGACAACUGUCAGCGCUACAGACGCUUCUGGGAACAAUGCAACUGAGCCAUUUUCAGCAGCUGAUACUGAAACUACACCCGUGGUGUUUAAGGAAACGUAUUCGACACCCGGAACCUCAGCAUCUGAGUUUCAGACGAUCACAACACCACUGCCAUUUUCAGCACCUCCGGAUUUGUGGUGGGGGGGAUCCAAGAAGAGGGCCCAUGGGCAGCACAAGGCGCAGAAAAUGGCAACAUUGCUCAAAAUGGCUUCCAAGGGCAAAUCGUUUAUUUCAAACAGACGCAAUGACAGAAGACGGCGUCUUAAAUAACAAGUGAUGGUCAUAGUAUCGCAGUUAUGAAACAUUUAGUCAUGUGACCCAAAGUAUUCAAGUUUAUGGCACUGCGUUUGAGUAGAUUCUUCAGUAACACUGACGCGCUAUCACGUGAUUAAGAGUGACUGGAGGCGGGUUUUGGAAUGAUAAUCGGAUUUAACACAAACUCGUGACUACACUUCUCAAAUCACUAUCACACAGAGGCUAUUGUUCUCAAUCACUCUGUUCACUAGCCUUUGCUUGGUAGCGGCUUCCAACAGCGGAAAUUCUUCUUCCUUUGGGUUCCCGCAUUGAUCCCGGCCUCAGCUAAGAGCUUCUGCAACUCUCAGCUGACUGUCUGCCUGCAGGCCCUUUCUCGACUCAAUCGUAAUGGCAGUUGGUCCUCGUUACAAAGCCUCAGCACGGACUGCACAGAAAACACCGCUCCCAACAUCUCUUCUAUUGUUGCUUGCGUGUCUCUUGCGACCAUCACGUGACGGGUACUGAAUCACUGAAUAGCAACGGGCGUGUUUGCAGAGCCGUUCCAUGACAACGGCUGUCUCUACUGGCUUCACAAUUCGUGUUUUCAGCAGACAUGCCACAAUAUUGAAUUGUGUGAGUGAGCUCGGAUGGAGGGAUUUUCUCUUUAGCUGUUCUCACACAUGAAUUUUGCAGAUUAUACGAGACACACAUCAUUCCGUUUUCGUUUAAAAUCAGGAAAUGAAAGACGUUAGGGGGGUUGUUUCAAAAAUGAACUGUAACUGGAAGAGUAUUCUGAUUCCAGAUAUUUACCUACUAAUCACGUGAUUUCAAGUGCGUGUAGAUGAAAUCCAUUUUGCGAAGUACUGUCUUACAGAUUGUAAUUCAGUGCAGUCCGACAGACGUCCGAGGGUUCAAAGAAACUUACUAUCUCCAUUGAUGAAAUUCUACUAGACUGCCCCACGCCAUACACGACAGAUAGUUUUCUUAAUAGUCACAGAUGUGAGAACUUCAAACCGAACAAAUUUUCAUCCCCGGUUCCUCAUCCGACAUCCAUCUUCGUUUUCUAUGAACUCGAAUUUGCAUUCAGAGUCUGAAAGCUGCCAUGAGAAUUUGUUUCUUUUCCUUGGCACUAGAGCCCCAGUGGGCCUAGGCCUACCUCAAUGAACUUCUCCGUUCACUUCGG